AUGGAGUUGUUGAGUCGUCUUGUAACAAUGGAGAACCUAUGGGGACUGUACACACACUCGAUUUUACUAGCCAUCUACCGAACAACAAGAGAGAGAGCUUUUGGACAACCUGACUCCACAGCCCAUGACCAGGACCCCACUGCAGACUACCUCUAUCACCACCUCCACUGGACAGCCGAAACACAGCCUUACACCACAGAGCGUAGUAUGGCAAGCUUUACAAUGGCAUCACCUCAAGAAACAGUUGGAAAAAAGUAUUUUCGGUGCUCUGUGUUUCACGAAGUUCUCUUCCCAAACCAAUUCACAACAAUAUAUCCAGAGGGAGACGAUCCAAUACUGUUAGAUAUGUUGAGAGAUACGGAAAUACCCAUUUAUAAUCUAGUUCAUGUUACCCACAAUGAUGAUUACCGCGGCAUACGUAAGAAUCCUGCUAGGUACGAAUUUAAAGCCCGUAAAAAGUUUGGAAAAGAUUUUUAUCAUGACAAAGGAAUGCCUCACUUGGGAUCUUAUAAGUCAAUCAAAGACGGAGCCAAGUUUAAAAGAAUAGGGUCUGAGGAAACUGUGUUUCCGGGUUUUUAUUCUUGGUGGGGAAUACACCCAAAGAGGGAGUGUACUUCUAAAAUUGCAGCAGAGAUCGAUGAUAUGAAGGAUGAAGGUAGAAUAGCAUAUGUUCCUAACUAUCUCAAGGAAGAGCCUGAGUCAUUUUACGGUAAUCGUGGAUUUGUCUGCAGCUUUAAAAAUGUUAUUGGUUCCUAUGCGCAAUCACGACGCACUGAAACAGGCAAAGUUGUCCUAAGAAAGGGAGGAACACUGCGAUACACCCAAGAGAUAUGCUACGUUAUCAUUGUUUCCAUCGGUGAGGAUGAACACAUCUUGAGAGAAUUUGAUCCACUUUUGCCAAAAUCUGGACCAUUUCGCACAAAUGGGUUAAUUAACCGCAAUGGGCAAAUACGGAAUCCUGCAGCUAUUCCUACCUUUUCCCCAGAAUAUGUUGUCACAUGGUUUGUAGAUAAGUCGGAGGAAGGUUCGGAGUCCGAGACCUAUAGCUAUGAAACUACUGCAUUUGCAUUCUACUUUCCAACUGAAGGAUGCAGUAUGGGAAUGAGGCAACGAAUUUGCUCUGAAGCUCGCUUUUCCCACAAUGAAGAUCUUUGCAGCAAGAGGCAGUGGUCACCGCGGGGUAGACAGAAAAGAUGUCCAAAUACCUUUUAAAAAUACUAAUGGACUUGAGAAAACUUGCAGUAGCUAGGUGUAGAUCAUUGCUAGCUAAGUAUGUACAAUACCUCCUAUUAUCUGUUUCGCUGAAUUGACAGGUGCUGCUUGUCCAACUGAUAUCACUGCCACUACAGCCUACACACUCCAACGGAAUCUUAUGCACCACAGCAUAAUAAAAAAAUUAGCCACG